CCUACAUAUAUUUCGGCUGCGUAUAAACUCAUGCUCCACACUUUCGCUGCUGAGGUCUUCAUUGAGUCGGAUUUCUUCUUAUCCAGUAAUUGCAAUGGCGGAACCGCCACCAAAGGCUCCCCUGGAGCUCAUUCGAUUUAAGGAUGCAGUUGGCAGGAAGUUCUCGUUUCCAUUUGACCUGGUGAAAACCUGGCAGGGCAUGGAAGAUCUCAUUAAACAGGCCUUUCUCCAGGUCGACGUACUAGGGCCGCAUGUCAUGGACGGUCAUUAUGAUAUAAUAGGUCCCGACGGCGAGAUUAUCCUUCCCCAGAUAUGGGAGCGGUUGGUUCAGCCUGGAUGGUCGGUUUCAAUGGUGAUGUGGCCUAUCGACAACCCCCCUCCCCCUGACAACAGGCCUCGGAACUUCAGAACUGCUGGCCAAACUAAUAUGCCGUACGGUGCCCCGCUGCCCCAGCAGAGCUUUCGGCCGGGAGGACAGCCUCAGCCGACGUACGGCGCUCCUCAGCCACCGCAGGGCUCGAGGUCUCACGGCCAAACCCACAGGCGGCCGGGUUUUCCGAUGCCUCCAGGCCCUCCCAUACGUCCAGGGCCACCCGUCCCGCAAUGGGAUAGUGGCAGUCAUAAUGGGCCUAUUAACAUCAUAGAGGUUGGCCCGCCUAAGCGCUCGAAGAACAGGAAGAAGAAACAGCCCGACAGUGGUUUGAUGUCCUUUCUAGCAGGCGUGCCACCCAAGAAGAAGAAACACAAAGUUCAGCCGCCCCCAAGUAGCCCGUCCGCAGGUCCUUCAACAGUCAGUUCUCGAGCCCCCAGCACUGUAGGUCGGGCUCCCCGCCCUCCACCAAAGUUUGGAGGCGGCCCAUUUCAGUCGAAACGGAGACCGCCGGCUCCAUCUGAAGACGACAGAAGAAGCCGCAGCAGUCACUCCGACACUAUAAGCGAACGCAGCAACCUGCAAAAGAAGGCACGGGUUGAUGCCCGCGAACAGGGCCUGAUCAUCGUCUCGAGGAGUGAGACUCGAGGUCACAGAGUGAUCCGUCAUCCGACAUUUCCAAUUCUGGAAAAGAACCCACUGCCAAUAGAUCGACAAGCCUUUAGUGCAGCUCGCUUAUACCAAGAUGAAGCAUCCGAAGGAACAGUCUGUCUUGAACUCACCAAGUCUGGCUCCGGCAUCACAAGUAACUUCGCAAGCAAUGAUACUGAACAGAUGAGAUGGCUGACUGUUACCCGCAAUGUCAUGGACUUGAACGAAUUCGAGAAUAUUGCCCUGAAUCGUGAGGAUCUAGCAGUCAACCCGGAUGUCCGUCUCGCAAUGGAGUCUAUUUUCAAGACUUUGCAUGACAAGAAACUAGGGAAAAGCCGCAACACCUGGUAUAUCAAGACCGGGACGGUCAUACGAUGCGAUGUAGACGCUGAUGGAAAGACCAAUGCUUCUGCACUCUUUGUCUCUGUUCCACAACUUCAGGCGGAUUCCUUUAAUAGAACCUCCAACGUGCAACUCAGGUCGGGCAUAUGUCUUCCACGCAGACUACAUGAGAUGUCUCAUCCCUAUGAUACCUCAUUGAUACGGGACAAAAACCAACUCUUCAGAAGCCACGAAGGCGCACAGUCGGAUGAGGUCCUCUGGAUAGGCGACACAUGGGUAUUGAUAAUUGACUCUGUCGGAAUCCUUACCUAUGGUAGCAAACGCCGACAAACCUACCUGAGCGAUAACAUUGAGAUUAGAGACCCCCGAUCGAGUCAGGUUGAAGAGCGAACUAUCCAUGUAACACAUCCAGAUGGCCAACAGUUCCAAAUUCCCUUUGAAGCAUGCCAGACAUUCUACAAACUGCAGUCUGCUAUUCGAGACCAGCUCUUAAUCCUGGAAGACGAUGAUUCGAUUCUUGACUUCGAACUAGUCAUUGCUGGCGGAGAAGCCAUUAAUGCCAAGAGUUGGUCCCGUCUUGUUCAAAAACCAGAGCAGUCGAUGAUUAAACUGCUUGUGGAAUGGGUCCAACCGGAUGGGUCGGAAUCUGACAGAGAUAGCAUCAAGUCAAUAGUCCUUGACGAUGAAAUCUCGCAUCUCUCUGGAGAAAUUGAGACUGAUAAGAAAGACGCAGCCUCCAAGAGCAGCAUAUUGGGUGGGAAUAGGUCAAGAAGUGCUUCCCGGCAACGAACGACUGUGUCUUUUGCGGAUAACGACUUCUUUGGUAUCAAGAAACAAGCCUCUACGACUAAAGACGAAGAUUCCGACUUGGAUAUUCCUGAACUGAACUCAAAGGUUCCUCCAUUUUUAGGAUGGAGUAUCUUGGAAAUUGGCAAGGAUGACGACAAUGACGACAAGACAAACGACGAAGAAAGUACUGUUCGAGAAAGCAUAAGAGUGUGCUUAUCUCGAGCAGAAACUGCACUGAAAGAAAGCCAACAUCCGUUCAUCGCCAAAUUGAAAGAUAAUUUUUCGACAUUGGACCUGCCUUCCACGUCGGACAAUGUCAGCUUCAGCACCAUCGACAAGAGGAUUCUACAACUUGCGAAAAAGGACUCGAAGAACGGUAGUGGAAGGAAAUUGAGGUUCAGCGAGGACAAGAUUGCCUCUCUAUACAAGGGCUUUCUCUCGGCUUCAAUCAGGACUCUUGAGGCGUAUACCUUCAAGGAAUUUACUUCCCCCGUUAUUUCAAGCUACUACACUGCUCUUUCAAAUGGGUUGGAGAGCCCCAAACUGCCCCCGGAGAACUACUAUCCUGUUAGAUGGGUUCUAUCCCGCGAGCCAAUACCUAUCGCAGGGUUCAAGUAUCUCAACACGACUCUCGACGGUAUCAAAUGUCCCGACUGCAACUCCCAAAAGAUCUAUGACAAUAUCGAGUCAGCGAUCGACCAUCUCCGCAAAAGACACUGUGCGGGUUCCACGCCGGGGACAAGACUGGUGGAGUAUCUCAUCCCUCUCUCGGAAGCAAAAGACUCAAGACUCGGGGAAGAAUGUUCUGAGGUUUUACGCACGUGCCGAGAUACUAUGGUCCAUAUCACAAGGCGAUUGCGAGAUAUCCAGGAUGCAAUGGUCUUUGAUGGCCAAUUCCAGAAACCAGCCCAGGGUAUUCCAUUCUCACUGCUCAAAUCCUUGGAGCUGAUAGUCGCAUUUGUCUGUGCAGUUCCGAUGCUGCUUGAUGAGAUGUAUUGGUUUUACAACUACGAAAUUGACGAGCAAAAGUUGGGCAAUUUGGUUCUGGACGGAAAGAUUCGAGCAAAGUAUCACCUCCUCAAGGAUGUUGGGCGUGCGGCUGAGACACUCACUAAAGACGCAGAGCGGGCACUGGUCUCCUCCAUCAAUUCGAAAAGAAAGGAAGAUGUGGUCAAGUUCUUCACUUCUGUGGGAUCUCACUGCGUUGCAACGCAAAUCAUCUGCAACCUGCUAAAGCACCCCAUUCAGAACAAUGCAAGUGCCGCCGAGUUGUACCAGGCCUAUUGCACCGACUAUGUGAGUACAUGGAUCUCAAGUUUUCCGUCAUCCCAGCAAGCGUCAAAUUCCAGCCAUAGGCGCAAUGGCCGAUGAGUUGGCCCGCCUGAGAGAAGUCACAGAGUGGCAACAGAAACUCGUCUCUUCUCUUCGGACAGUGCUUUCCCCGGAAACGCAUCUUGAAUCCGCCAAAGCCGUAAGAGAAAAGACGUUUGAUAUCGAGGACUACAUUCUGGACAAGACAGACGAGGAGCUCCAGGAGCAGUUCGACAU